AUGGCCCCACCAAAUGGCACCCCGCCGUUCGCUCGCAGCGGCCGGGAGCUUGGUCGGCGUGUUCGUGCGUCGUGCCCUCGUGGCCGCCGCCGUCUCAGUCGGCCGUCAUCUAUGGUCAUGCGAGUCGAUCGAUACGCACCACCUCCAUCAAUCGCUGCAUUUUUUACGGGCCCCGCAGAGAACCCCAUUUUACUGGCACUGAAAAUCAAGUCUGGACAGUUCGCUGCCCUUCACUCCUUGCGCGUUCACCCCGAAUUAGCCAUGCAGCCAGCAAACACCAGUGCCAGCGCGCACGCGCUAGCCCAACCCGCGCACGCAUGA